ACUGGGUUUUAUAAAUGCUGAAAUCGGCGAGCCGGUCGCAUCCUUCUUCUGGACCGCAGGCACACGAACCGUGAAGGGCGCGGCCAUCAGCUCACCAGAUCAGACUCUCACCAUGCGGGAAAUUGUACACAUUCAAGCGGGACAAUGUGGAAACCAGAUCGGUGCCAAGUUCUGGGAAGUGAUCAGCGACGAACAUGGCAUCGACCCUACCGGCAGUUACCAUGGCGACAGCCCCUUACAGCUGGAACGAAUUAAUGUGUACUACAACGAGGCCAACGGUAAUAAGUACGUGCCUCGUGCCAUUCUGGUGGACCUGGAGCCCGGCACCAUGGAUUCUGUGCGGUCCGGUCCUUUCGGACACAUUUUCAGGCCCGACAAUUUCGUCUUCGGUCAGAGUGGCGCAGGGAACAACUGGGCGAAGGGCCACUACACAGAGGGAGCGGAGCUGGUGGACUCGGUCAUGGACGUGGUGAGGAAGGAGGCAGAGAGCUGUGACUGCCUGCAGGGCUUCCAGCUCACCCACUCCCUGGGCGGGGGCACGGGCUCCGGCAUGGGCACCCUGCUGAUCAGCAAGAUCCGGGAGGAGUACCCCGACCGCAUCAUGAACACGUUCAGCGUCAUGCCCUCCCCGAAGGUGUCGGACACGGUGGUGGAGCCCUACAACGCCACGCUGUCCGUGCACCAGCUGGUGGAGAACACGGACGAGAGCUACUGCAUCGACAACGAGGCGCUCUACGACAUCUGCUUCCGCACGCUCAAGCUGACCACGCCCACCUACGGCGACCUCAACCACCUGGUGUCGUCCACCAUGAGCGGGGUCACCACCUGCCUGCGCUUCCCCGGGCAGCUCAACGCCGACCUGCGCAAGCUGGCCGUCAACAUGGUGCCCUUCCCCCGCCUGCACUUCUUCAUGCCCGGCUUCGCCCCGCUCACCAGCAGGGGGAGCCAGCAGUACCGCGCCCUCUCCGUGCCCGAGCUCACCCAGCAGAUGUUCGACGCCAAGAACAUGAUGGCGGCCUGCGACCCGCGGCACGGCCGCUACCUCACCGUGGCCGCCAUCUUCCGCGGACGCAUGUCCAUGAAGGAGGUGGACGAGCAGAUGCUGAACGUGCAGAACAAGAACAGCAGCUACUUCGUGGAGUGGAUCCCCAACAACGUCAAGACGGCCGUCUGCGACAUCCCGCCCCGCGGCCUCAAGAUGUCCGCCACCUUCAUCGGCAACAGCACCGCCAUCCAGGAGCUGUUCAGGCGCAUCUCCGAGCAGUUCACCGCCAUGUUCCGCCGCAAGGCCUUCCUGCACUGGUACACGGGAGAGGGCAUGGACGAGAUGGAGUUCACCGAGGCCGAGAGCAACAUGAACGACCUGGUGUCCGAGUACCAGCAGUACCAGGACGCCACCGUCGACGAACAGGGCGAGUACGAGGAAGACGAGCUGGACGACGAAGAGGCGUGAUGUCACGCGAGAUCCCACCAAUCGAAACAAAAAGCACACCUGUCCCUCUCUCUGCCUCGAGAGCAAUCCCCCGGACAUGUUGAAUCGAAGUGCAUUUUUAACCCCUUGCUUCUAAUGUAAAAGUGAGUUUAUGCGUGACUGUUUGAGUUGAGUUGCAAGUCUUGCGUGUCCGAGAGAAAUUAAACAUUCUUUCUAUUGAUAUUCUAGCGAAGUUACAAUGUGGCAACAGAGCCACGGCAACACUGUGAAGAUGUCAGCAAGUACAUGCUAACAUAAGAGGUGCACAGCGUGCUAGUGUUUUUUGGUCUGGCCCAAAGAUGGAACCAAAGGCUGUUGUUGUUGAGUGUCAAACCAUGUGCUUUUGUAAUUAUGUGCCGUAUGUUGGUGGAUUAUAAUAAAUUAUGCCAUUUAAAAAAACCCAACUCAAGACAGUUGAUAUGUAUGUAGAUUAAAAUUGGGAGUUCUACCCAACAAA